AUGGAAACAUCGGGUAUUUUUUCUGUUAAAAGUGCGUAUAAACACUUACAAUCUGCUCAUGGCAAUUGGUCCAUUAUGGAUGAUGUUUCUAGUUGGAUAAAGCUGUGGAAAUUGGAGGUUCCCCCCAAGGUUCUGCACUUUUUGUGGCGUGCCAUUUCAGGAUGUUUGCCAACUAAAGUGCAGUUGCAAACUAAGUAUGUAAAUGUGGAUCUACAUUGUCCUUUCUGCCUUAAUUCUUAUGAGACUAUAUCACAUGUGCUUAUGGAGUGUCAAUUUGCAAAAUCUUGCUGGAAUUUGGCUAGCUCGAGUGUGGUUCACGGGUUUAACCAUGAUUAUAGCAGCUGGUUUUCUAAGGUUCUUGAUUCUAAUUCCGCAAAGGUUUCUGCUGAUGCUGCUAUGCAAUGGAGUGCUGCUCAUUCUCAAAAGCUUGGCCCGUUUCUGGUUUUUGGUUCACAUACUGGUUUGGAGCUAUGGAAAAAACCUUUGUCAAACUCCAUUAAAGUGAACGUGGAUGGUGCUAUCUUUGCGACGGAACACAAGUAUGGAUUUGUGUUGUGUGGCACAUGGAGCUUAUGGGAAAUUAAUUGA